UUCACCCGCGUACACUCUGCGAAGUGGCAGACGUAUAUAAAUGUGCCUAAUUCCCAUUAAUAUUUGACGUAACUACCUACGAUUACGAUCUACAAUAGCAAACGAUAAAAGCCAUCACUCAUCACUGUUUAGUAUUUACCUACUUCUCAACGAAAGAUGUUAAAAAAUACAGCGUUCGUGUGCUUUUUAUGUGUGCUAGUAAUUGCCCUUGGAAACUGCCAAAAUGAGCUAAGCAACACCCACAAAAUAAAAGAGUAUUUCAGCAACAAAUGCUACGGCCAAACCCACGACCAUAUGCAUUAUACAAAUCUAAGCAAUGAGUUCUCGAAGUUUGAAGGGUACCUUCAACGUAUCUCCGCUAUGAUACCCGACAGGAGAAAGGACUUUUGCGAACACGAAAGGCGCCAGAUUAACAAUGAAUUCCACACAGUUGUCAAAUACAUGGAACCGUGUCUAUCUCCCCAGGAAAAGUAUAUGUCGGAGUUUUUGAAGAUUAGUUUUGGAGAAUUUCUUCAUUUCCUGUGCCACAACAACGGAGAAUAUACGAAACGUUUGUUCAGCCCACAGAAUGAACAGUGCCGAGGCGACGUUACGUCCAAAUUAAGCACUUGCUCAGGAAGGAUAUUCAAACCUAGUUCUGGUUAUCUAACCAAGAAGGAUAUUUGCGAGGACAUGUCUGUGGCCGAAAAAUGCUUGGAUGCCGUCGUAAAUGAAAACUGCGCUUCCUCCCCAGCUUACAAAGACUUGGUGAAGACAUUCUUCCGUUAUAUAAGCAAACCAUGUUCAGGCUGUGUCAAUCAAAUCAGUAUUUUAUUACUGGCAUUGUCUGUGUUUCUACCUUACUUAUUUAGCGAGAAGUAAACCAUCCUCAUGUGUGAAGCGAGAUAUUUUGGAUGCAAAUUUUAUUUUUUUUAUAGUCCAGUUCGUCUAAAAGUUGCUUCUACGAUUAAAUACAUCAUAAUUUGGACUUAAAAAAAAAUGACUGGGAUUAGCUUGGUAAUAAAAUUAAAGUUUGGUGUAGGUAGGUACCCUUUCCCAUAAUGUUUACAGAAAAAGGAGAAAACUUCAUUACACAUUAUGUGUAUAUAAUAGUAUGAACACUGAAAGUAUUCAUACUAUUAAAUAAACCACUAUUUAAGAAUAAAACAUUGUAAAUUAUAAAAAGAACACUUAUUAACAUGUCGUUAUUGGCAGGUGUAGAAUAUAACUUUGUAUCUUAUCUACUUUUACCUCAAAUUUGUUUUCGAAGAUGAAGAGUUAAGAAUGAAGUACAAAAAAUACAUUGUUUAUUACAAAUUUGAUGCAAUUUUUAAAGAAAAUUUUUAAAUUUUAAAUAUAACCUUUGAUGUUUCGUGUACUUGAAAAAAAAUGAUAACCGUCUUGGUAUUCCUCAGGUAAAGAAAAAUGUGUUCCAAUAUGCAGUUCCUGAAUUAAGCAUAGGAUUAAAUACUCCAAAAACCUGAUUAAAUGUUUCUCUUUAUGAUUUCUAUACUCGGUACAAUGCAAUUUUAUUUUAGAUAAAGCUAAAUAAAACAUACAUUUUUGCUUGUUCAUUCUUGCCAGUUGCUUUUUAAAAUCAUGUUCUUUCGUCGAAUUUUGCUGCGUUUAAUUUAAGGAAGAUACUUUUAAUUUAAUAUUUAAUUAAUGAUUUUUGCCUCUGUUUUUUAGGGGUAGAUAUUAUAACACCUUAAUAACACGUAUAACACCUAUUAAUUUUGCGUCCUACAUUUUCUAAAUGUAGUGCCUUUCUGUGAUCGGUGAUACAAAAUUAGCUUAGUAUACGUUUGGUUAAAUCCCUUGUCGUUGAUUAAUGUUUUGUGUAAUUAAUUUUUAAUUCCAUGAAUGUUUAAACCUUAACCUGUUCGGUGUAGAUAUGUAAUAUAAUAAUUUUAUGCAAAAAA